AUGGCCACUGCAGCCUCCAAUCUGUACCUGACCAGCAGCAGCAGAAACAACAUGCUAACAUCGCACUCCCUCGUCCACAGCGAGCCGUCCUCCACUAUGCAAGCGGCGGCGGCGGCGGCGGCGGCCGCCACUUUCCGGAGCCACCCUUCCAAACUCCUCGCCAGUGACUACCUGCCGGCUCUGGCCGGGAACGGGCACCCUCUGUCGCACCAAUGGGUGACGGCUGUACCUGAGGGCAGCAGCCCGUGGGCGGCGGCGGCGGCGGCGGCGAUUGCGGCCAGUCCCCUGGGUCAACAGGACUCGAAGCCGGGAAGGGACGAGUUACAGCCCCACCGACACCCCCAUCACCACCAUCACCCUCACCCCCAUCACCACCAUCACCCUCACCACCAACAACAGCAGCAUCACCAACAACAGAGUCAACACCACUCGCCCCACUGGAGCGGCGCGGGGAGCGGCGCGGGCAACGGCGGAGGCGGGGCGCCGCAUCUCUACUCGCAGACUGCCUUCCAAGUCAACGGGUUGUUGGAGCACAUCAGCCCGCCUCAGGCUCCGGGGCAGCCCCCGCAGACCUCGGCAGUGCACCCGGGGCUGAGGGAGGGCUCCGAGGCCGGCGCCGAGUUGAGCCAAGCCGGCCACUCUUGCCUGGAGCACUCGGACGAGGAGACGCCGACCUCGGACGAGCUCGAGCAGUUCGCCAAGCAGUUCAAGCAGAGGCGGAUCAAGCUGGGCUUCACCCAGGCGGACGUGGGGCUGGCCCUGGGCACCCUGUACGGCAACGUCUUCUCGCAGACCACCAUCUGCAGGUUCGAGGCGCUGCAGCUCAGCUUCAAGAACAUGUGCAAACUCAAGCCCUUGCUCAACAAGUGGCUGGAGGAGGCCGACUCCAGCACUGGGAGCCCCACCAGCAUCGACAAGAUCGCAGCCCAGGGCAGGAAGCGCAAGAAGCGCACCUCCAUCGAGGUGAGCGUGAAAGGAGCGCUGGAGACUCACUUCCUCAAGUGCCCCAAGCCAGCCGCCCAGGAGAUCUCCACCCUGGCCGACAGCCUGCAACUGGAGAAAGAGGUGGUAAGGGUCUGGUUCUGCAACCGGAGGCAGAAGGAGAAGAGGAUGACGCCGCCUGGACUUCAUCAGCAAGACGAGGUAUUCGUCCACAGUAUGGACUCAGAGACCCCGACCCACCGCGACCUUUAACCGCCCUCCCUGCUAUCCUUUCCACUCAGCGCUGGCUGGGGGACUCGCCCGAACAGAGAAAGGGAGAAGAGAGACCCACACACACACACACACCUCCUUUUAUCUCCCCACCAUCACCCCUCCACCCUCCUUCGUUCCUCAACCCCCACUUAAAUUACAUAUUGGACUGCCGCAACCGGGAUAGAGGCAGAACACUUCUUAAAAGAAAAAGAACGAGAAAGUUGUAUAUCUGAAACGAGAAAAGUCUGCAAGCGGGGCGAAGCCUCUCUCCAACUCGAUGUACAGUUUUAGCAGACGUCUCGGAUC